CUAGAGUCGAUGUUGUCGGGAUCUUUGCUGAGAUUUCAUUAGCUUCACGACAUAUUCCAUGACUUAUCAGAUGAUGAGACCAUGCAGAGGCAUGCUCGAGCAUUUAUUCUUUGCCUUAUCGUUGGCCAUCUGUUCACCAGUAAGUCUGAUUCCCACGUGCAGUUGUUGUAUUUACUCCCACUACAUGUUCUCCACGCAUGUGGACAGUUGAGUUGGGGCAGCGCUAUCUUAGCCAUCUUGUAUCAUGAGCUCUGCAGGACCAUUAGACCAGAUGCACGUGAGAUAGCUGGACCAUUAGUGUUACUACAGCUUUGGGUGUGGGAGCACUUACAUGUUGGAUGGCUAGAUAGAGUGCUCCCUAAGGUAGGAGCCCACCAACCGGUGGUGGGAGGUGAUGUAGUAGGACAUGGCUUGAUAGAUGAGGAUGAUGCUGGUUUUGAGGGCUCAUUUGGCGGCAUACAGUACGACCAGACUGAUCUACUAGCAUGCAGAUGAAGGACUCGACUGAUUGGUGCUAGCAAUCCGAUGCCGCACACAGUCAUAUACUAUAUAGAUCAGCUUGACUAGCAGCGCGACGAUCAAAUAGUGUGGGUGCCUUACACACUAGAGAUAUUAGCCGCAUUGUCCGAGAUAUGCCGAUCAAAUCAGUAUGUAUGAAGGACAUGCGCACCUCUAAUUUGCUUCAGUAUCAUGAAGAUCUAUUGUCCGGAGUGUGUGAUGCGAUAAUUUGGCAUACAUCAGGACGUCCCCCCACCAUGCGCACUCGUGACGGUCUCCGUAGUUUUGAUCGAUGAGGGCGGCAUCGCCACGAUUGAGGUAGAGAGCAUCGGGAGCAUAUUGACGUAUGGAAGCGGUGGGAGGAUUUGAUUGUGGAUGGUCCAUCCAUGCUCCCCAUGAUGGAUUAUUAUAAUCCAUAUUUGGUGUGGUAUAGGAGCAUGACUAAGCGAUUCAUCUCGCCAUUGAUGAGUGAGCAGCACGAGAUGAGGUUCCAUCCUUCGGACA